GUGCUAGGGGCAGUGGUGUUGUAGGAGGCUGUGGCAUCUUGAAAUUUCUUUUGACCUGACUGGGACUCACACUGAUGCCAGAAUAACCAACAAAGAACACUGAUUUGUGCGUUAGUGUUUACAAAGAAGUGUCUCACAAAACACAAUAAACACAGAGAAGUAUGAUCAGCUUCUUUAGUAAACAGAUUGUGAAUAAAUGAGCAAAUCUUGAUGAACAGUGUAACGAGUGUUGCGAUCCAACAGAGUGUAGUGCAACAUUCUUCAAAGAACAAAAUUCUUCAAUCAAGUCAUCGGAUAUCCUGGUGUAACUACGGGUCAGAUACACAUAUCCAGGAAUCCGAAAAUCCAGAAGCAGGUAAAGUUCAAGAAACAAGAAUGGAGCCCAGAAUACUCGAGUGGGAUGGAUCCAAGCCUCUGUUGCCUAUACCUGACACCAAUUACGCUGUUCACUUUUUGGAGAUGAUUGCAAAAUAUGGAGACGCUAUAGCAAUGGUAAAUGCAGAGACUCAGGAGCAGCGGUCUUACUCGGAGCUGUGUGGUCUGGUGCCACGUGUGUCUGCAGGUCUACACGCCGCCGGGGUCACACUGGAUCACGCUGUCCUCUACCUCGCCCCCAAUCAUAUAGACUACCCACUGGUGUUGCUCUCCGUCCUGUACUGCGGUGCAGCCUUCGCUCCUGCUAGUCCUUACCUCCGCACCGAGGAAUUGAUUCAUAUGAUAAACGUGAGUGGUGUUCGCUGGGCUGUGAUUCACAACACUGUGGUGGACAAGGCUGAGGCUGCCUUCUCCCUCUUGCCCUCCGGUACUAUCAAGAGGACGUGGAUCUUUGGAGAUGCAGCUGGAUGUCCCAAUCUUCUUGAUCUCAUGCACUAUGAGCCACUACCGCCCAUCACUAAGGUUGAGGGCCUGAAGCCUGAGAGAGCUGUGGCCUUAAUGUUCUUGUCUUCAGGCACAACGGGGCUACCUAAAGUCAUCAUGCUCACUCAUCGCAAUCUUCUUGCCGGCCUGACACUCGUAAGGUGCUCAUUGAGUUUAAAUGACCCGGGAACCCUCAGGAAAAGGUUUAUGGCAACAUUGCUGGCGUUACCAUUUUAUCAUAUACAUGGUCACCAUCAUGUUGUGAUCCCUAUGGUGUACGGAAGUACCAUUGUCACUCUAAGCAAGUUUUCUCCCGAGACAUUUCUUGAUUCUAUCCAGAAAUUUAAGGUAACGCUGAUGCCUCUCGUGCCCUAUUUCAUCAAGUUUAUAGUCGAGACACCUCUCCUGCAACACUACGACCUAUCAUCUUUGAGAGUGAUCAUCACGGGUGGCUCUACGCUGCAGCCUUCGCAUGCAGCAGCUCUCAAACAAAAGAUAAACACAGAAGUGUUUAAUGUUUAUGGGAUGACUGAGGCAACAUGUCCCACUACUCAGUUUAUUACAACAUCCAGCUUCAAGGAAGGCUGCGUGGGCAAGGUGCAGCCAUACUUUCAGUUAAAGGUCGUGAAUGUAGAGAAUGGAGAGAUGUUGGGGCCAGGCCAGGAAGGAGAGGUGUGCUACAAUGGACCCACUAUAAUGUUAGGCUACGCCAACAACGCCGCCGCCACUGCUGAGACCCUUGAUGCUGAAGGAUGGUUACACUCCGGCGAUAUCGGAUACUUCGACCAUGAUGACUUCGUUUACAUCACAGACAGAAUUAAAGAACUAAUUAAGGUCAAAGGAUUUCAGGUGUCGCCCUCUGAGCUGGAAAAGUUACUGAUGACUCACACUGAUGUGACUGAAGCAGCGGUAGUGGGGGUCAGAGACGACAGAUUAGGAGAGGCACCAAGAGCCUUCGUGGUACUCAGACCCGGUGCCUCCAUUGACUCCAGUCAAUUACAGCAAUUUGUUGCCAGUCGUGUGUCCUCAUAUAAACAGCUGGCAGGUGGUAUCCAGGUUGUUGACUUCCUUCCAAGGUCUCACACGGGAAAAGUCCUCAAGAAAUUGCUGAAGAAGCGCAGGGUGAGUCCGGCUGCUAAACUGUAAGUUACUGUAGAAUUCCAGAGAGCUCAAGCUACCAGGAAACGUUACUUUGGUUUGAGAAUGACGUAAGCGGUCCAGCCCCAAUUGGUGAGCACCAGCAGCAGGAGCAACUCUGGCAGUAAACGUUGAAUUGUGCCUAACAUAUUGUUUAAUCAAAGUUAUUUACUCGGGAAUACUUUACAUGCCUCCUGUUCAGUGUAAAAUUUCGUAUAAUAAAAACUUACCAAGAUAUUCCAGAUACUGAGAAGUUGUAAAAUGUGUAUAAUGUUCUCGAUAUAUUUACCUCAUCUAUACGAAUAUUAAUUUUUGAAUGGAACAAUGAAAUUAUUAUGUAAUAAAAACAGCUUAACUGUACAGUAAUC